AUGGUCUUUCAGGUCCAGUCGGGUCACACCUACAAGCUCGUCAACACCCAGACCCGGACCGUCCUCGCACUCGACAUGGCCGACUUUCGUACCAUCACCGGAGCGCCCUGGAGCAACGCCGACCACCAGAAGUGGGUGGCCGAGGGCCCUCGGCAGAACGCAGGACCCACCACGCGCUGGUCAUUCAGGAAUGUCGCCACCGGGCUCUUCCUGGGGCUGGACGGAGCGGGGCGCCAGGGAACGAGCAUCGUCGCGACGCGCGACGAGACCGAGUGGGACGCCCGUGCCGAGGCCGGGAAUCCGUCUGCUCUCCGCCUGGCGAUCCCAGGUGGGCGAUUGACGUUGAAUCUGACUGCGGGGCUGCCUGCGAAACUGUGCGACGGGGCUGGGGGUGGGGAGCAGUACUGGAGGUUCGAAGAGGGUGAGCUAUUUGUGCGGCUGAGGAUCGCGUCGUGA